AUGAACCGGGAGCUGGCUGGGUCCCUGGAGGCCCAGGUGGCACUGGAGACAGUUAUCCAGACUUUGGGGAGUGGUCUCCCGGGGCCGGGCCAAGAGAAGGGCCCGAGCACAGGCGACCCUACCCCAGCCUCGCAGGGUGCCAGCCUAUCUUCCCGCAUCCGCAAGAUUGUUGCCCACCACUUGUCCCAGCCUGAGAGCCCAGCCCCGCCACCAGCCUCAGAGAUGGCGUCACUGCUGCCACUGCAGGAAGAGAAUCAGCUGUUGCAGCAGGAGCUGUCCCGCGUGGAGGAUCUGCUGGCCCAGAGCCGGGCCGAGCGCGACGAGCUUGCUAUUAAGUACAACGCAGUCACCGAGAGGCUGGAGCAGUCUGUGCGGCUGGAGUGUGGGGAGCCAGAGACACAGGAGCCCCGGGGGCUGGUACGGCAGAGCGUGGAGCUGCGGAGGCAGCUGCAGGAGGAGCAGGCCUCCUACCGGCGCAAGCUGCAGGCCUACCAGGAAGGCCAGCAGCGGCAGGCCCAGCUGGUGCAGCGGCUGCAGGCCAAGAUUCUCCAGUACAAAAAGAAGUGUUCAGAGCUGGAGCAGCAGCUGCUGGAGAAAUCUACAGAGCUGGAGCAGCAGCGGCUGCAGGACGCAGAGCACCGCCAUGACCUGGAGAGUGCUCUCACCCGCCUGGAGGAGGAACAGCAGAGGAGCACCAGCCUGGCACAGGUGAACGCCAUGCUCCGAGAGCAGCUGGAGCAGGCAGGCUCGGCCAACCGGGCUCUCAGCGAGGACAUCCGCAAAGUGACCAGCGACUGGACACGCAGCUGCAAGGAGCUGGAGCAGCGGGAGGCGGCGUGGAGGCGCGAGGAGGAGUCCUUCAACGCCUACUUCAGCAGUGAGCACAGCCGCCUGCUCAUCCUCUGGAGACAGGUGGUGGGGGUCCGCCGGCUGGUCAGCGAGGUGAAGAUGUACACCGAGAGGGACCUGCUGCAGCUGGGAGGGGAGCUGGCUCGGACGUCCCGGGCCAUCCAGGAGGCGGGCCUGGGACUGAGUGCUGGCCUGCGGCUGGCCGAGGGGCGGGUCGAGGCUGCCCUGGAGAAGCAGGCCCUGCUGCAGGCCCAGCUGGAGGCCCAGCUGCGGGAGAAGGUCCUUCGUGAGCAAGACCUGGCCCAGCUGCAGGUGCAGAGCGACCUGGACAAGGCUGACCUCAGUGCCAGAGCAGCAGAGCUGGCCCAGGCAGUGGAGCAGCUCCGGAGCCAGGGUCUGGAGAAGGAUCAGGCCAACAAGGCCCUUGCCGAGAAACUGGAGGCUUUGGAAUCCCUGCGGCUACAGGAGCAGGUGGCGGAGGCAGAAGACGGAGAGGGGCUGCAGCAGACCUUGCGGGAUCUGGCCCAGGCGGUCCUGUCAGAUACAGAGAGUGGCGUCCAGCUAAGCGGCUCCGAACGCACUGCGGACGCUUCAGAUGGCAGCCUGCGGGGCCUCUCGGGUCCGCGGACCCCGUCCCCACCACGGCGCUGCUCGCCCGGCCGCGGCCGUUCCCCGCGUCGUGGCCCGUCCCCGGCCUGCUCCGACUCCUCCACGCUCACCCUGAUCCACUCUGCCCUGCACAAGCGUCAGCUACAGGUCCAGGACAUGCGUGGGCGCUAUGAGGCGAGCCAGGAGCUCCUGGGCACCCUGAGGAAGCAGCUGAGCGAGGGCGAGGACGAGCGGCGUGCCCUGGAGGAGCAGCUGCGGCAGCUGCGGGACCAGGCCGCGGGGGCCGCCCAGGCCCGGGAGGACGCGCAGCGCGAGGUGCAGCGGCUGCGGAGCGCCAACGACCUCCUGAGCAGGGAGAAGGAGAGCCUGGCCCACAGCCUGCAGGUGGCCCAGCAGCGGGCCCAGGAGCUUGGGCAGGAGAUGGAGAAGCUGCAGGCCGCCCAGGCUGAGCUGCAGCGCCAGCGGGCCCGGCUGGAAGAGGAGCAGGAUGACACGGUGCAGGAGGUGGCCCGGGCUCGCCGGGAGCUGGAGCGCAGCCACCGGCAGCUGGAGCAGCUGGAAGUGAAGCGCUCAGGGCUGGCGAAGGAGUUGGUGGAGGUGCGGGAGGCGCUGAGCGGUGCCACGCUGCAGCGGGACAUGCUACAGGCCGAGAAGGCCGAGGUGGCCCAGGCGCUGACCAAGGCUGAGGCUGGCCGAGUGGAGCUGGAGCUCACCAUGACCAAGCUGAGGGCAGAGGAGGCCUCACUGCGCGACUCCUUGUCCAAGCUGAGUGCCCUCAAUGAGAGCCUCGCUCAGGACAAGCUGGAGCUGAACCGCCUCGUGGCCCAGCUGGAAGAAGAGAAGGCAGCCCUGCUGGGCCGGCAGCGGCAGGCAGAGCAGGAGGCCACCCUGGCGUUGGGCGAGCAGGGCCGACUGGAGCAGCUGAGACUGGAGCAGGAGGUGGAGCGGCAGGGCCUGGAGGGCUCCCUGCGGGCUGCAGAGCAGGCACGGGAGGCGCUGGAGCAGCAGCUGCCCACACUGCGCAGGGAGCGUACGCAGCUGCAGGAGCAGCUGGCCCAGCUCUCCCGGCAGCUGAGUGGACGGGAGCAGGAGCUGGAGCAGGCCCGGCGGGAGUCUCAGCGGCAGGCAGAAGCACUGGAGCGGGCAGCCCGGGAGAAGGAGGCGCUGGCCAGGGAGCGGGCCAGCCUGGCUGUGCAGCUGUCUGCAGCUGAGCGUGAAGGCCGGAGCCUGUCAGAGGAGGCCACCCGCCUACGCUUGGAGAAGGAAGCACUGGAGAGCAACCUGUUUGAUGUGCAGCGGCAGCUGGCCCAACUCGAGGCCCGCCGGGAGCAGUUGGAGUCGGAGGGGCAAGCCCUGCUGCUGGCCAAGGAAACCCUGACUGGGGAGCUGGCGGGCCUACGGCAGCAGAUGAUAGCUAUAGAACAGAAGGUGGCCCUGGACAAGGAGCUCCUGGCCCAGAAGCUGGUACAGGCCGAGCGGGAGGCCCAGGCCUCUCUGCGGGAGCAACAGGUGGCCCACGAAGAGGACCUGCAGCGGCUCCAGCGAGAAAAGGAGGCGGCAUGGCGGGAGCUGGAGACGGAGCGGGCGCAGCUGCAGAGCCAGCUGCAGCGGGAACAGGAGGAACUGCUGGCCCGCCUGGAAGCCGAGAAGGAGGAGCUGAGUGAGGAGAUCGUUGCCCUGCAGCAGGAGCGUGAUGAAGGCCUGCUCUUGGCCGAGAGUGAGAAGCAGCAGGCUCUGUCCCUGAAGGAGUCUGAGAAGGCGGCGCUGUCAGAGAAGCUGAUGGGUGUGCGCCAUAGCCUGGCCGCCAUCUCCCUGGACAUGGAGCGGCACAAACGAGAUGCCCAGAGCCGGCAGGAGCAGGACCGGAGUACCGUGAAUGCGCUGACAUCUGAGCUGCAUGACCUUCGGGCCCAGCUUGAGGAGGCUGCUGUGGCGAAUGCCCAGGAAGUGAAGAGGCUGCAGGAGCAGGCCCGUGAGCUGGGCAAGCAGCAUGAGUCCUGCGUACGUGAGGCUGAGGAGCUCCGCACGCAGCUGCGCCUGCUGGAGGACGCCCGCGACGGGCUGCGGCGAGAGCUGCUAGAGGCUCAGCGCAAGGUGCGUGAGAGCCAGGAAGCCCGUGAGGCCCAGCGCCAGGAGGUGGGCGAGUUGCGGCGCAGCCUGAGCGAGGGGGCUAAGGAGCGUGAGGCCCUGCGGCGCUCCAACGAGGAGCUGCGGGCUGCUGUGCGCAAGGCUGAGGGCGAGCGGAUCAGUCUGAAGCUUGCCAAUGAGGACAAGGAGCAGAAGCUGGCACUCCUAGAGGAGGCACGAGCGGCCGCGGGCCGGGAGGCUGGGGAGCUGCGAGCCGGGCUGCAGGAGGUGGAGCGCUCACGGCUGGAGGCCCGGCGGGAGCUGCAGGAGCUGCGGCGCCAGAUGAAGGCGCUGGACAGUGAGAACUCCAGGCUUGCCCGGGAGCUGGCAGAGCUGCAGGGUCGCCUGGCGCUGGGGGAACGGGCAGAGAAGGAGAACCGGCGGGAGUCUCUGGGCCUCCGGCAGAAGCUACAGAAGGGUGAGGCCAGCCUGGAGGCAGUGCGGCAGGAGCUCCAGGGAACCCAGCGGAAGCUGCAGGAGCAAGAGGGAGAGUUCCGGAUCCGGGAGCGAGGCCUACUGAGCUCCCUGGAGGAGGCGCGCACCGCGGAAAAGCAGCAGCUGGAACACGCUCGCAGCCUGGAGCUGAAGCUGGAGGCAGCCCGGGCUGAGGCUGCAGAGCUGGGGCUGCGGCUGAGCGCGGCCGAGGGCCGAGCCCAAGGCCUGGAGGCUGAGCUGGCCCGCAUGGAGGCUCAGCGGCGCGCGGCCGAGGCUCAGCUCGGAGCCCUGCGCUCGGCUCUGCGCCGGGGCCUGGGCCUCGGCCGUGGACCAAGCCCUGCCGCACGGCCCAUGCCAGUGCCCUGCUCCCCUGCUCGGGAAGCGCCCGCUGGAGGAAGCGAGGAAGGAUUCAACAGCCCCAGCCCCCUGGAACGGAGCCCUGGGUCCCAGCCUCCAUCCCCGGGACCCGCCACCUCUCCAGCACCUUCAGAUCUAGACCCCGAGGCUGUGCGGGGGGCGCUCCGGGAAUUCGUGCAGGAGCUGCGGAGUGCCCAGAGGGAGCGGGAUGAACUUCGGACCCAGGCUAGUGCCCUGAGCCACCAGCUGGCUGAGAUGGAGGCCGAGAGGGACAGUGCAACCUCACGGGCCCAGCAGCUGCAAAAGGCAGUGGCUGAGAGUGAGGAAGCCCGGCGCAGUGUGGAUGGGCGGCUGAGUGGAGCCCAGGCACAGCUGGCACUGCGGGAGGAGAGCAUACGGCGCAGCGAGCGGGAGCGCCGGGCCACGCAGGACCAGGUGGCUGCUCUGGAGCGGAGCCUGCAGGCCACAGAGAACGAGCUGCGGGCGAGCCAGGAGAAGGUCAGCAAGCUGAAGGCCAAUGAGGGGAAGCUGGAGAGCGACAAGCGGCGCCUCAAGGAGGUGCUGGAUGCCUGCGAGAGCCGAACAGUGAAGCUGGAGCUGCAACGGCGCUCCCUCGAGGGGGAGCUGCAACGCAGCCGCCUGGGCCUAAGUGACCGCGAGGCCCAGGCCCAGGUCCUGCAGGACCGGGUGGACUCUCUACAGAGGCAGGUGGCAGAUGGCGAGGUGAAGGCAAGGACCCUGCAGCUGACAGUGGAGCGGCUGAGCGGGGCCUUGGCUAAGCUGGAGGAGAAUGAGGGGAGCCUGCAUGAUAAGGUGCAGGGCCUGACCGAGGCCCUGGCCCAGAGCAACGCCAGCCUUGCCAACUCUCAGGACAAAAACCUACACCUGCAGAAGGCCCUGACUGCUUGUGAACAUGACCGCCAGGUGCUGCAGGAGCGGCUGGAUGCUACCCGGCAGGCCUUAUCAGAGGUACGGAAGCAGAGCAGCUCCCUGGGCGAACAGGUGCAGACGAUGCAGGCUGAGCUGGCGGACCUGGAGCUACAGCGGGCAGAGGCCGAGGGUCAGCUACAGCAGCUGCAGGAGGUGCUGCGGCAGCGACAGGAAGGCGAGGCUGCUGCACUGCACUCGGUCCAGAGGCUGCAGGAAGAGCGGCAGCUGCUGCAGGAGCGCCUGGGCAGCCUGCAGCAGGCCCUGGUGCAGCUGGAAGCCGAGAAGCGGGAGGUGGAACGCAUGGCCCUGCGGCUCGAGAAGGACCGUGGUGCCCUCAGGAGGACCCUGGACAAGGUGGAACGGGAGAAGCUUCGCAGCCAGGAGGACACAGUGCGGCUGAGCGUGGAGAAGGGCCGCCUGGACCGCACACUCACAGGGGCUGAGCUGGAGCUGGCCGAGGCCCAGACCCACAUUCUGCAGCUGGAGGCCCAGAUGGUGGCCCUGGAGCAGAACCCUAGCGUGGCCCAGCAGGAGUCUGAGGAGCAGCAGAGGCGGGAGCUGCAGCAGGAGGUGGAGCGCCUGCGCAGUGCCCAGGUGCAGACUGAGCGUACCCUGGAGGCACGGGAGCGGGCCCACCUCCAGAAGGUGCGGGGGCUGGAGGAGCAGGUGUCCACGCUGAAGGGACAACUGCAGCAGGGGCUUCGACGGAACUUGGCGUCCUUCUCCCCACCCUCCAGCCCCGCAGAGACGUGAGCUCCUCGGCCCCGGCACCUGGAGCAGGGAUGCCAGCUCCAG